AUGUCGCAAACGCAAACAGAAGCACAGUUUAAUUUUCCAAGGGAAGAAGAAAAAAUUCUUAAUUUUUGGAAAGAAAUAGAUGCAUUCAGAACACAAAUUAAAUUAUCAGAAGGAAACCCACCCUUUUCCUUUUAUGAUGGACCUCCUUUUGCUACCGGUCUACCACAUUAUGGUCAUUUACUAGCAGGUACCAUUAAGGAUAUUGUGACUCGUUAUGCAACUCAAACAGGAUAUUAUGUUGAACGUAGGUUUGGUUGGGAUUGUCAUGGUCUUCCAAUUGAAUAUGAAAUUGAUAAAAAAUUAAAUAUCAAGAGUAGAGAUGACGUGUUGGUAAUGGGGAUUGAUAAAUAUAAUGAAGAAUGUCGUAGUAUAGUUAUGAGAUAUUCAGGAGCUUGGCAAACAACUGUUGAAAGAAUUGGUCGUUGGAUUGAUUUUGAUAAUGACUAUAAGACUUUAAAUACUACCUUUAUGGAAAGUGUCUGGUGGGUUUUUAAACAACUAUAUGAUAGAGACCAAGUAUAUCGUGGAGUGAAAAUUAUGCCAUAUUCUACAGGUUGUACCACACCACUUUCAAAUUUUGAAGCUGCUCAAAAUUAUAAAGAUGUUAAUGAUCCUUCUAUUGUUGUUUCAUUUCCUUUACUUGAUGAUCCUAAUACCAGUUUACUAGCAUGGACAACUACUCCAUGGACUUUACCUAGUAACUUGGCUUUGUGUACAAAUCCUGAUUUUGAAUAUAUAAAAAUAAAAGAUGAGGAAUCUGGUCAUAUAUAUAUAUUACUAGAAAAACGUUUAAAUAUUUUGUAUAAAGAUGUGAAAAAUGCAAAAUACGAAGUUUUAGGCAAAUUUUUAGGAAAGGAUAUGAAAGGUUGGGAAUACAAACCAUUAUUUGAUUAUUACGUUUCUAAAUUCAAGGGCAAAGGAUAUAUAGUGGUUAAUGACAAUUAUGUUACUGAUGAUAGUGGUACUGGUAUUGUUCAUCAAUCACCAGCUUUUGGUGAAGAUGAUUAUCGUAUAUGUCUUGCAAAUAAUAUUAUUAUUGAGGAUGGAUUUCUCCCAUGUCCAGUUGACGAGCAAGGGUUAUUUACAGAUGAAGUAAAAGAAUUUUCUGGAAUAUAUGUAAAGAUUGGUAAUCUUUAUACGCCUUCACAUACUUGUAGUUCAGAUACACCUUUAAUUUAUAAAGCAGUUCCCUCCUGGUUUGUGCGUGUAAAACCAAUUAUUGACAAAUUAUUAAAAAAUAAUCAAGAAAAAAAAAGAUUUGCUAACUGGAUUGUCAAUGCACGUGAUUGGAAUGUUUCACGUAAUCGGUAUUGGGGUACUCCUAUUCCACUUUGGGUCAGUGAAGAUUAUGAAGAGAUUGUAUGUAUUGGUUCAUUAAAAGAGUUACAAGAAUUGUCAGGAUGUGAUGAAUUGACAGAUAUCCAUCGUGAUAAAAUUGAUCAUAUUACAAUUCCUUCAAAGAAAGGUAAAGGUGUUUUAAGAAGAACUGAGGAAGUAUUUGACUGUUGGUUUGAAUCUGGAAGUAUGCCUUAUGCUCAAUGUCAUUAUCCGUUUGAAAACAAGGAAAAAUUUGAAGCAUCUUUUCCUGCAGAUUUUAUUGCUGAAGGUCUUGAUCAGACUCGUGGUUGGUUUUACACAUUAAUGGUUUUAUCAACUCAUUUAUUUGAUAAACCUGCAUUCAAAAAUUUGAUAGUUAAUGGAUUGGUAUUAGCAGCUGAUGGUAAAAAGAUGAGCAAACGUUUACAAAACUAUCCAGAACCAACUGUUAUUAUUAACUCAUAUGGUGCAGAUGCACUUAGGUUAUAUCUCAUCAAUUCACCAGUUGUUCGAGCAGAACCUUUGAAAUUUAAAGAAGAUGGUAUUAAAGAAGUUAUAUCCAAAGUAUUUUUACCUUGGUAUAAUGCUUAUAGAUUUUUCACAUCACAAGUAGUUUUAUUGAAAAAAGAUACAAAUGGGGAUUUUAAAUAUAAUCCAAAUUUAAAAAAAUCAGUCAAUGUUAUGGAUAGAUGGAUAUUAGCAAGCUCACAAAGUCUUAUUAAAUAUGUUCGUGAAGAGAUGAAAGCAUAUCGAUUGUAUACAGUGGUACCAAAAUUGUUAAAUCUUAUUGAACAAUUAACCAACUGGUAUGUCAGAUUUAAUCGUAAACGUCUAAAGGGUGAAAUUAGCCCUGAAGAUACUAUUGAUGCAUUAAAUACACUUUUUGAAGUUUUGUUCACAUUAUGUAAAUCUAUGGCAUCAUUUACACCUUUCCUUACUGAAUAUAUGUAUCAAAAUUUGAAGAUAUUCCUUCCUGAAACUGACUUGAAUAAUGAUAAUAGAUCCAUUCAUUUCUUAACUUUUCCUGAGGUUAGAAAUGAAUAUUUUGAUUCAGAAAUUGAACGAAGCAUGUCUCGAAUGCAAACAGUUAUUGAAUUGGGUAGAAUCAUUCAACUUGUUGUUGUACACUCAAAUACUCAAUAUCAUUCAGAUGUUUUAUCACUUGAAAGUUAUAUUGUUGAGGUAGAAGCAGAUUGGAAGGUUUUAGGUGCAAAACUUAGGAAAGAUGUAGUGAAAGUCAAAAAUGCAUUGCCAAAAGUUACUUCAGAACAAGUAAAAGAAUUUGCAAGAACCAAAGAGAUUGUGGUAGAUGGUAUAAAAUUGGUUGAUGAAGAUCUUCAAGUGAUCAGAUACUUUGAAGAUUCUAAUAGUCAUUAUGAAACAAAUACUGACAAAGAUGUACUUAUUCUUCUUGAUACUAAAGUAUAUCAAGAUUUACAAGAGGAAGGAUUGGCACGUGAAAUUGUGAAUCGUGUACAAAGGUUAAGAAAAAAGGCUGGUUUACAACCCAUUGAUCCAGUGUUGAUGUAUUACAAAUUCAUAACUGAUACUGAUAAUUUAUUAGAAAAUAUUAUCAAGAAAGAAACUGAUUACAUUAGAAAGAUCUUAAAACGACCAUUAUUAUCAAUAACUGAAAAAGUAGAUGAUGCAAAAAUUAUUAUUGAAGAAGAACAAGAGGUAAAUAAUUCCAAGUUUAUACUAUGUUUUGUUAAAGAUUGGUGA